AUGUAGGAAUCGGUAUUUAGCGCAGAGCAGUGAUCAGGAAGGCUUUCAUUGACAAUCUUUCCGUCCUUCUUUCACCUUGCAGUAGCCUCAUCCUCCAAUUGGUUUUUAAUAAAAUUAACAGCGUGUGACCUGUGACAGUAUUGGAAAACCUUUCUUUUAACUGACAGCUUGCUGAGUCGUGAGUAGUAUUUAUACAAAGAUUCAAUAAUGGCUACGGCAGAUUCCGGUCCCGAAUACUCGCCCUUUUUCGCAGUAAUGGGCGCUUCAUCUGCUAUGGUAUUCAGCGCCUUGGGAGCUGCAUAUGGCACAGCAAAGAGUGGAACUGGUAUUGCUGCUAUGUCUGUUAUGAGGCCUGAACUAAUCAUGAAAUCCAUCAUUCCUGUUGUCAUGGCGGGUAUUAUUGCCAUUUAUGGCUUGGUGGUUGCAGUGCUUAUUGCCAAUUCUCUAACUCCUACUAUUUCACUGUUCAAGAGCUUCCUACAGUUGGGUGCUGGAUUGAGUGUGGGCCUCAGUGGCCUUGCAGCAGGCUUUGCUAUUGGAAUUGUAGGCGAUGCAGGUGUGAGAGGGACGGCACAACAACCUCGGCUAUUCGUUGGCAUGAUCCUGAUUCUCAUUUUUGCAGAAGUCUUGGGGUUGUAUGGCCUGAUUGUUGCCCUGAUCCUGUCCACCAAAUAAACCAUGCACAAAAAAAAUCACUGGUUUAUCGACACUUUAAAAAUAAAAUGAGCUCCUAAAUUAUAAUGGUCUUAACUCCACAAUGUGUACAGUCGUCAAUCUGAUAGUUGACCUCUUGUAAAUGCGCAGUGUACAUUAGUGAUUUUUGUCUGUUAUGUGUGUAUGUAGGUGUUUAAUUUGGGAGGAUUGCCUGGAAUUUAACACCCCCCCCCCCAACCUUUCAGUCCCAUUCUUCAGAGCCUUUGGGGGGUGAUCUGUAAGCUGGGUUAUGCCAUCAAGGAAUAUUCUGUGUAUAAAUAUAGAAUUGUAAUUUUUCAUUUUUUAUUUAUAAAGACUUGAAAUGUUAAUACAUCAUUAUUGGAGGAACAUUUGAAUUCUGAUGCAGUGUUUAUAAAUAUAUCCAUUAGUCUGGUUGAACAUGUUAUCUGUAAGUACUCAGAUUUUUUUUCCAUUUGGCUGUAAUUGGUCUAGAGGUUGCUGUAGUGUCUGGUACUGGAGUGAAAGUUCAUUUUGUGUUUUUUAAUAUGCAAAUGUUCCAAAACACUUGUAACUGUUUUCCAGUGGUUCUGAUAUGCCUUGACAUCAGAAAUGUGCACCCACUGUUUGGGCUGUGCAGAUCUGAUGUUUCCAAAUAAAUUUCCUCUGUUUACUGACUGGUA